CAGACAAAUCCGCUUAUACUUCACUCUUAAAUAUUACAUUGUCCACAGUCAACAGCAAAACAAGGGAGAUGGCCGAAGUCCAAAGCUCACCAGAUCUGCCAUGGACCGUCCGCCUCUUCGUCUCCGCCGCUUCCUUCGCAGCCGACGCCUCUCGCCGCUCAAACCUCACCAUCAACCGUCGCCUCUUUAACUUGUUCGACUACAAACCCUCUCCCUUAACAAAACCUCACAAAAACCUCAAGAGCUCCGACGUCGUCGUCGUCGCUGCUGACCCUUCCCGCAACCUCUGGUUCCGCCUCUACACUCCCACCGCCGCUACCACCAAGCUCCCCAUCAUCGUCUUCUUCCACGGCGGCGGGUUCGUCUUCAUGUCCGCCGCUUCAAAACCCUACGACGACUUCUGUCAACGCCUCGCUCGCGAGCUCCCCGCCGUUGUCGUCUCCGUCAACUACCGCCUCGCGCCGGAGCAUCGGUAUCCGUGCCAGUACGACGACGGUUUCGACGUCCUCAAGUUCAUCGACGACAGUCAGAGCACCUUGUUCGAGGGAGCGAAUCUCGGGCAGUGCUUUCUGGCCGGGGACAGCGCCGGCGGGAAUAUAGCGCACCACGUGGCGAUCAGAGCGAGCGGGCACGAGUUUCGGGAUCUGAAGGUGGUCGGGAUCUUGGCGAUUCAGCCGUUUUUCGGCGGAGAAGAGCGGACGGAAUCGGAGAAGAGACUGCAGAGUGUGCCGCUGGUGAACGUAGAGCGGACGGACUGGAUGUGGAAGGCGUUUUUGCCGGAGGGGUCGGAUCGGGACCAUCCGGUGGUGAAUGUGUUCGGGCCGAACGCGGUGGAUAUUUCGGGUGUGGAUUUUCCGGCGACGAUUGUGGUUGUUGGGGGAUUUGAUCCGUUGCAGGAUUGGCAGAAGAGAUACUACGAGGGAUUGAAGAAAAGCGGGAAACAAGCGGAGCUGGUGGUGUUUCCAAAUGCCAUUCAUACUUUCUAUGCUUAUCCCGAGUUGGAUGACUCUUCUGUGUUUAUCAACAAAGUCAGGGAUUUCGUGCAAUCGCUAUCAGUUAAUGCUACUGAAACAAUACAAUAAUAGGAUUUUCAAUUCUGUACCAAUUUGUUUGCCAGGAUAUAUGAAUGUUAAUAAAAUAAAAGAGACAUUCACAAUAAAAGGACUAAAACAAGACAAUGACC